AUGCUUUUCAUUUGCAAUUGUUUUCCACAGGCAACUGGAAUUGGUAGAGCUGUCAAUCGAUAUCGAAAACAUGGUAGUGAAAUUGGAGAUCUUGCAUCAGGCCUGGUGACAAAAUGGAAGGAGUUGUUGAAAAAAGAACCUGGCCCCAGCCAUAAAUACCCUUCCUCAAAUGACAGUUGUAAAGGUAUAUUUCACUUGAGCAGCAGCCAUAGUGACUACUCACAAAGAGAAAGUGUCAGCGUGUCUUCCAGAAGUGAGGUAAAAAUUGACCACAGCCAACUAAAAAUCAAACAUGACAAAUCUGAGUACAGAACAGGGGAACUGAGAGCAAAGAUAGAUGGACCCUCAGAAAGUGAUGAUAUAGACAUGGACUGUGUAGAUAACAAACAGGGGGAAUUCCAGCACAAAAUGGGAAAAAUAAAAGCUAAAACACAUAGACAAUCAGCAAGUGAGGUGAAAAUUGAUGUGAACAACAAGCAUGUAAAGCUCAAGCACAAAACAGGUGAAGUCAGAGCUAAUAAGGUGAAUGGACAAUGCGCAAGUGAUGAGGAGGCAAACACAGUUCAUAUAAAUAACAAGGACAUGGAACUCAAGCACAAAAUUGCUGAAGUGAAAGCUAAGAUCAAAGGAGAAACAGCAAGUGAUGAAUUAAAAAUGGACCAUGUGAACAGUGAGCAUUUAAAAUCAGAGGAAAGAAUUGCUGGCGUGAAAUGGAAUGUAAAGCCAUCCUCCUUGAGUGAAGUGGAAAUGGAUCAUGUGAUUGUGAAAUCCAAGAACAAAACUGGUGAAAAUAAAUCAAAGGUGAUCUUAAAUAGUGUAAAAUUUUGAUUUUUGGUGUAAUUGCCUCUCGAUAUAUUUUGAGGGUCAUGUGCAUUAUUUUAAAUUCUAUUUGUGAAGCAGCAGGUGGCUUUGAAACAUAUGGUGCAUGAAUCAACUGUUAACUCCAUGUCAGAUAUAAUGGGAAAAACGAGACCAAACUUUGUCUUUUGCAUUCCAUUCCACUACUGAAACUCAAAUACUGCCAAACCAAACUUAUUUAAGUGCUACAACUGUACUCCUCUGCCUUAACCCUAGCUCAUCUCUUUCAUAUUAUUAAAAACUGAAUCAUUGGAUAAUGCAAUUCUAGAGCUCUGAUUGGCUUAGCCAUUAUGGUAUAUGAGCCAUUAUACCAUGCUCUCCAUAUAUGGUCGGUGUACGCGUCAGUUUAAAAUUGGAAGCUAGCUGAGAUUUUUUUCCGCGAAGGAUAGAAUGGCGCCCGAAGCAAAUUGUUUUAAUUCAUUUCUUAGAAUGCUAGGAAAUGCAAUUUCAUCGGGAAAAUAACAAAGAAACAAAAAAGCCACAAGAGCUUGUUUGAAAGUUUAACGAAAACACAUGAAAAUACAUGGAACUAAAGUACCUUGACCAGCUACGAGAGAAGACAAGUGUUGUUUCUUCAUGAUUGCGAAGCCACUCGCCGAGUCACUCGCCGAUAGAUAACUGCGGCUUGUUUAUCCGACAUGAGGAAUAUAAAUCACAAGCAACCAGAAUACAGGCUAUGCAGCCAUUCACUACAGCAAUCGAGGCGUAAGUAUAGCUUCUUUUUCUCGUUCAGCAAAACCAGCUGGUGGCUUCAAACAACUUCAUAACAAGCGACCGAGGUAAUAGUUUUUCUGCGUUGUUCUUACUUUUGUAACUGCAGCGAAAAUCCAAAUUCACAGUAAUUUCGACGGCUGUUACUGAAAAAUUAUUUUUCUUCACAUCAGCUGACAGGUUUUUUAGCUUUCCUGCUGUGUAACUUCCUAGAAUUUCGAUGAGCUUUUAAAAGAGUUCAUCGCUACAAUGUUUUUGAUUUUUCAUUCAUCCAGUCCAGGCGAGUCCGUUCGCGCGUUGACAGUUUUGAUAGACGUAUGACAUGUGAAUAGCGGAAGUCCCUUGUCUUUUCCGGUUUGCUGUAACAAAAUUCAACGAGAUUUUGUGGGCGUUUUUAAUAAAACAAUUAUUCCACUUGCGCUUGUUGGAUAUGAGAUGAUUACAGCCAACUCGGUGCUACACGUCUCGUCGGCUAUUUACCAUCUCAUAUCCAACACGCCCUCGUGGAAUAAUUGUUAAUUAUACCACUCUCCCUUAAAGGCAGUGGUUGAUCCAGGGGAGGGGCCCGGGGGCCCUGCCCCCCCUUAUUUUUAGACCAAAAUGAGGCCCAAAGGGCCAAAAAAUUUUUUUUGAGACCAGGACCCCCCCUUAUCUCAGAGUCUGGAUGACGCUCCUCCCCCCCCCAUAUCUGAAGGUCUGGAUCCACCACUGAAAGGUCACCUCUCAAAGACUACACCUUAAGGUGGCUGAACACAGUUUUGCAUGCGGUCAGCGGUAACUUGCGUGACGGAGAGUGUUUUAACUUAGACAAACAAACAUGGCGGCGAAAAAGCAAUGGUAAACAGAAGGCGAUUUCUCAAAAUCUACUCAUUAAAACUUUGUGAUAUUUGGAGGAAUUUUUACUUUUAUCGUGUCUUAGAUAAUGAGAACUUGAAAAUGGAAGUUGAACAGACGAUUUUUGUGACACAUUUAAUAAUUACAGUACAAUUAUAUUACUGAUUAUCUAAAAACCCCUAUGUUAAAAUUUGGUCUAAUAAGUUUUAAAUGGUAAUGAUUAAUUAUAGUAAACUAUGUGCAAGUUUAUAGGAAAGUCUAAUGAGUGAAUUUUCUGUAAACUGAGCAAAAGUGAAAUUUUAAGGUUGUAUUCAAUUGUUCAUGUUGCCAUGGAAACUACGAAAAUGUCAAAUUUUACCUGUCAGUCAAAAUCUUUCAUCAGUAUAUUUUUCACUUGCCAAGUUUCAGCUUGUGAGCUGCAACCCUUCUCUUGCCAUGAUUUGGCAAAUGACAUAUACUCACAAACUGCCAAAACUGUGUUCAGCCACCUUAAAUAGGUUGAUGCUCUUUGUUUGCCUCCCUAUGAGGUGGAAUAAAGUGGCUGCCUCUUAACAUUGUGUCUGUCUUGGAGAGAGUGGAUUAAAGUAGGAGUGGCAUGCAAAGCAUUACAUUUGAAUCGGCCUUAGCUGUGACUGCAAAUAAUAAUCAGCCAGUUUGCCCCUAUUUGUCGAUUGAAUUAUUAAUUAAGUUUGUGUACUGCUAGCUGGAUGUUUGCUCAGCCCUGCUAGGUUUUGAGUUUAAACACUGUAGUACAAAAAACUAAAAGUCUAUGUGUUGUAGGCCAAAUUGGCAUUCAGGUUAACCCCUUUGCCCCCAGAAAUUUUGCCGAAAAACGUGCUUUGAAGCUACAUACAACAAAAUGUAGUCAAGUGGUUUUCUGGUCACUGUCGUGCUAUAAAGAGCUAAAACUUACCAUGAAGCCAUUUACAUGUACAGGUCGUACACUUCGCGGCCUUCUGAUCCGGAUGCAAACUAUUAGCUUGUGACUUCAGGCAUGCACAGAAGGCAAAUUUUUGGGAUAGUUUUUGGGCUUAAAAGUGACACAAGAGUCUUGACUUUUACUUUUCGCUUUCUCUUCUUCCCUCUUUUUUUACUUUUCUUGCCUCAUUUUUUUUCUUUUGCUGGGCAUUUAGUAGACUUCAUUUUGGUGGGAAAAGUUUUUAGGAAAGCUUUUAGAAUCUUUAGGAUUACAACUGUAGAUCAUGAUGGGAAAGGUCGCUGGGUAGUGGAACAAGAUUUUCAUGGAAGUUUUCAGGUCAAUGUUACAAGGUUUUUUGCCUUUUUCUCCUGACCAGUGUCCUUGACUGAAUUGUGCCUAUUCUGUCAUGGUUGGAAAGAUGUUUUUCGCUCUACACAAGUUAGUGGACAAAGUUGUCCUUGGCCAUUAAAGCUGAUGACAUCACAAGCGGUAGAAGCGAUGUGGAUCUGCAUGGGCAGUUAUGGGUGGCUCAGGGGUAGAUGGGUUAAAAUGAUCAUGAAUACUUAGGAUUAGGAAUCAAAGGAUUAAUAAUAUUGAGAAUCAACCUAGGCUGAAUCCUGUGAUUAGGGAUUAGGGAGCUUAAGCAAAGACAUUUUUGAGGGACACUCGUCAACCGGAAGUGAGCCUUUCUCCCUUUUUAUAUGCCUUGACGCUAACAAAUUUGUAUUGCUAAUUUUCUUUUCUCUUAUGAAGAGGAUUUAUCCGAGAGUUUCAAACAAACCACUGCCCAAUAAUGCAAAAGGUUGACUUCCGGUUGACGUCCGUCGCUCAACAACGCUGUUGCUUAAGCUCCCUAUUCUAACUUACCUUAUUACAUCAGUAUUUAUUUUUGUUUAUUUAGGCACGAUCAGCACCACAGCUCUGUGAUGUUUCAUUUGGCUGUGAACCAGUAAAUGUUAAACAGAAGAAAAGACCCACAACCUCUGCCUCUGCUGCCAUGGCAACCAAAAUGACGUUUAGUGACAGUGUUAGACCUGACUUGGAACUUCCUCCCUUACCUUCAUCAUUGUCAGUUAAAAACUCAUUGCUUCCAGAAAUCCAACCAACCUAUAGGCCACUGAGGAUGUCAGGGUUUGGGGAAAUAUCUCCAAAGAAGAAAAAAGGUAAGCUGCUCUUACAUGAGUGGAUCGGCCUCUUACAAAUGAAGCUAGGGUAUUAUUUUGUAAAGAAGAUUUUUAGAGAAAUAUUAAUCUAUUAUUCUCUUUAAAUAAUGUAAUGAUGUGCAUGUGUUCUGCAACUGUGCAGGUUCUUCCUUAUUGUUCUCAAUGAAAUGCCGACCUCUUGACUGCUAUGCAAGGGUCACCGUCCUUCUCUUUAUCCAGCCAUCCUUCUUGAGGUCUUCUGGGUGACAUUUUCAUGUUAUUUUCCUCUUAAUAAUACAUGGGACAAGAUCACUAUAGGGUAUAAUAUAUACCAAAGCAGACUCUGUCUUCUGUUAUGAUGACAGAUAUUAUGAUACCUCUCUCCUCACCGACAUGUCUCAAAUUUAAAUUGUAAUGAUAUAAAAGGGGGUUCCUUAGGAAAGGUUCAAAGAAAACUUGCUUAGAUCUCUUAUCUACAUACAUACAAAAUUAAAAAAAAGACUGUAAAUAAUUUGAAUUAAAUUGGAAAUCGUCUCAUUCCAGGGUAGCAAACAUGCAAUCAUCUAACUUAAGGGUGUUGGCCUGAGGGGUGGGGACCAUACUCACAUAGGUCAUGGCCCUUAUGGGUGCACCCGCGUGUCCAAAUUUGGACACCAUUUACCGUUUCAUUCCCCUGGCUUGGUGGCUCAGGGAAGAUAUAGAACUCGGACUGGUAUGUCUGAAUUUUUGGUUUUUACUGGACUGCAAGUCACACUGAUUUAGCCUCCUUACCAAUGGUAACAUUACUGAAUUUUAUUGCUGCAACUGAUUGUGUUAACAAAGACUUUUACACUGCAAUUAUUUAUUGCGCAAUCAUUGUGGUAUAGAGUGAAAUUCAUUUGAUGUUUGUUUGAUUUUAAGGUGUGGUCAGUGGAGAACUUGAUGAGCAUGCCUUGAUGUCCAGAAAAUCUCGUACACAAGUGUUUUCUGGGAGAAAGAUAGCAACUUCUUCGGGAGGUAAGAACGGGUAUCAAUAAUUGAUUAGCUAUACUGUAAUGCAUCUGUUGUUACAAGUAUUAGUAAAAGUUUUCAAGUGUAUAGGUGCUUGUCCCCAGUCGCUGCGAAGUUCAGGGCUAGAGAAUUUUAUUAUUGUAUGUACAGUCACACCUAUUAUUUUGAACUCCUCAAGGCGAAAGAACUUUGUCCAGAUUGCAGGAGGUGUCUGUAUUUCAGAAUUUAAUGGAAUAGUAAUUGACCAUUGGUAUCUUUCGACCAAUAAAUUAAUCAACUGUGUAUGAUAUAUGUCCAUGAGAAAAUGUUACUUUUAAGUGUCCCCAAUCAUUGGUUCUUUUUAACGCUUAAUAAUGACUGUGGCACUUAAAUAAGUUUUUAUCUUGUUAAAGUUCUUAUUAUCUUAUUUUUAUUAUUAUAUAAGAUAAUUAUGCUAGUGUAAUUGCGAGUGAUUUUCUCUCUCAAUAUUUGAGUCCAAACCAUGGACUUUGGAAGCAAAGAGGGUUUUUACUUGAUAGAGAGGACCUGCUUGAGAAGGUGGACUAUAGAAAGGAGAGUUAUCUUCUCGAGUUCAUGAAUGUUGAUGCUGCCAGGAAUUUUGGUGGAGUAGUUUUCCAUGUCCUUCUUGACAGUGCCAAGGGCUCCCAUAACCACCCGGACUGUUGUUGUUUUAAGCCCCCACAUUCGCUCAACCUCAAUUUCCAAGUCUUUGUAUUUGUUAAGCUUUUCUGUGGUUUUGACUGAGGUGUUGGUAUUGAGGGGUGUAGUUAUGCCAAUGAGAAGGCAGGUUUUGUCCUUCUUGUUCUUCAGCACAAUGUCCGGCCUAUUAGCUGCAGUGGUCCUGUCAGUGUGUAUGGGUAUGUCCCACAGAUUAUUUAAUAUUAUUAUUAUUAUUAUUGUUAUUAUUAAAGUUCUUAUUAUCCACUUAUUAUCUUAUCUCAUAUAGUCCUUCUUGUUGGUGAAAAAAUGAAAGUGGCCAUUUGCACUGUGGAUAUGAGACAAUUUUGCUGUAUUGCACAAGGAUUGACUUUAAAAAAAAUUAAUCUCAUUUAGCAUUGGAGAAAUCCCUCUGAUCUUUUGAUUUUUUCUUUCUUGUCACUUAUGUAGUCGUCACGUCUUUAUUUGAAUUGUGUAUCAGAGUGCUGAUGGAAAAUGUUGAUGGUAAGUUCAGCUUUUAUAUAAUGUUAUUGUUUUAUUUCUCCCCUGCCCUGAAUGAUGUGAAUGUAUGUUUUCAUGGCGUACAUAUGGCUGUGUCAAAAAAUAUUCCUGAUGUUUGUGAAAAUUUCAUGUGUAGGUUGUCAUUUUGUGAAAUUUGACAUUUAUUUUCUCGCUCUCUCCUGAGAAAUUUUGUUUGGUGUUAUUACAGAUAACUAAGUACAUCUAUAACCCUUCAAAAGUAUGAAAAAGAAUGCGCUAUUAUUUAAACUAUUCUGGUACAAGGUUUUUGUCCACUGAAAAUUAAAUUAUUCAAUUUCCGGAUGGAUUCCUUCUUAAAUAUUUAGUGUGAUAACUAACACUGUAAGUCCUUAUGACUGUUACAAAUCACAAUACAGAUUGUGUUUUGAUGUCACUGAUAAAAAUGUCAAUAUAUUACAAUGGUGUCCGGUCAGACUAGGGUUGACUGGGGGUCAAGGUGCGGCCUAAAAGCCUUGAUCAGCCUGGCCACUAGCUGGGCUUUGACCGGGGUGGCCAAGGGAUAAAAAAUUGGGGAACCCACCUCUAGCCUGGUCAGAUAAUGACCUGGCUUGACCAGGGUUUCCAGGGAAUAUGUGGCCAGCCCAGCCAACACUAAACUAGCUAGACGUAGUUUAUUAUAAUUAUUAAUGUUUAAUACAUGUCUUGUGUUAAUUGUUUUAUAGCUCUUGGUGAUACUGGAGGAGUGCCAUAUGAUAUUCUUCAGCCGGUUCUUGAGAAGUAUGUAUUAUCACCAAAAACCUAACAAUACUUUCAUUAACCUACUCUGUGCAAUGCCAGUUUUUUUUAUACAUGUACCUGUGGAAGUUUUCAAUUGGAAUUUUUUCCAAUAGUGUGUGUUCUCAUUUGCAUGACAUCUCAGAAUAAAAUGAUUUCCUGCCUAAAGCUGCUGAGAGGGGCAGUGAUGUCAGAGGGCUUGACAGUAGAGUACGCUGUUAACUGCAAACAUUGCCCACUCACUGUCACUUACUGCUGUAAACUUUGUACAAUUAUGGGGAUUUAGCUUGAUUUUUCUGCAGGUACAUGCUAUACGCAUAGCUUUCCGAAUGAACUCCUUGGCUUUUUUCCAAAUUGUUUUCACAGUUUUGUCAUCUCCCUUGGUCGUUAGGACUAUGUUCUUGAGGCAACUGUUAUGGCUUUCUCAUUUAGUAAUAUUGGAGAAAACACCCUUAGGCUGUGUUCUAGCAGAGCCCGGUGACCCCCUGGCGCCUAACUUUUGCUCCUGGGCGACAAGGAAAUCUUACUUUCUUCAUACAAAUCAUAUGCCAGGCACCCUAGAUUUUACAGUUCCAGAACAAUGGGCUUCCUUCAAUUUUCCUUAGAGCACAGCCUUGGCUGCAUUUUAUAAUUAUUUAAAAAAAAGUUAAAAAUGUCCAGACUGGCACAGGGGUCCAAAUACAAUUGGGUUGUUUUGUAGCCACCUGAUAUUUAACCUGUUCCAGGGCCGUUCAGAUCGUAGGGAUGAUGCAAAGAGAUGUGAGCAGAAAAAAAAACUGUUAUUCACCUUCUGUUCCUUUGCUUUGUUCCUCUAUUUUGUUUUUGUAAUUUAUUUUUUCAAGUAUGCAUGUACUGUGCAUACUUGUGUCCUGGCGUCCCUGGCUAAAAAGUUUUCCUUGUUACGUAAGGAAACUUACGUAAAUUUUGCUUCCUGUGAAACUCAAAAAAUACUCUGCGAUCUUCUGGGGAAAAUUAGCUUUUCUCUGGUGCGAAAACAAAUUCUUCAGAUUGAUUUCCACGUAUUUCCUUAAAGAAUUAGUAGAGAAAACUUGAUAAAAGAUGAAAGCAUUUUUGUUAUGUACGGUAGUCAUUUAGCCUGCACAGCAGGCGUUUUGAGGUACAUUGAUCACGGCCGCCAUCUAUAGGUGGUUUUCAUCCAAUCUCAGGAGACACAAAUAACAAUGGUGAAAUGAACAAAUGCUGGUGGACAAACAAAACGAGCUAAUGAGCGAUCUUUUGUUUACUGUCCACCAGCAUGGCGGCGAUGACGUAACGUGAAAACCACCUAUAAAAGCCAAGGAAAAGACUAUGGGGGAAGGGGCGGGGAGGGGAGAUUUUUUUCUCCCCGCCCCUUCUCCCUCAUCUAUGUUAAACCCAUCAACCUCUCCCUUAAAAUCAGUUUUUGACUCGCCCCAACUCUCUGGUAGUAAUAACGUCCAGGAUGGCGGGAUAGCGUUAUUCCCCCCCCCCCCCCCCCCCAAAAAAAAGGAUCGUGCUGCGAAAUACGCCUGCUUUACAGGCUAGUAGUCAUUAACAUUCUAUUCAUUCUUAUGGCCUUUUCCCUUGAUUAUUCAUUGAUAAUGUUAGGAGAAAAUUGAUGUUGAUCUCCCUUGGAACUGUGUUGAUUGUUUUCCUUUAUUCCAGGUGUAGUCCACAGCAGCUCUUUCAGCUGGAAGAAUGCAAUCCUGUAAGUUGUGUUUUUCUUCUAUAGAUGGUGUAUAAUUAAUUGUUGUGACAACUGCAGCUGUUUCUAAGUUGCUUAGAACUUCAGAUUAGUGUAGAGGGCUUGAUGGCCAGCUGCACAAAAUGUUUGCAAGAUUUCUGAUCUUUGGCAAAUCUUAGAUUGCCACUGAUUGUGACCAUUCUGACUCAUCCCCAGUCGUCUCUUAGGGCUGAUUUCCACUGUCGCGUAAUUUUUCAGUGCGAACGUGCGUAAAUGAUUAGAGGCAAUGUAUGCAAGGCGACGCGUAAACGUAAAAGUUGAGCGAGGUUCAACUUUAACGUAUACGCGUGACCUUCCAUACAAUGUCUCUGUUUUAUUUGCGCGCGUAAAAUGUAUGUGGUUAUAAUUCUAUGGCCAUGUGCAAGCUUUAAUGUUACUACUGAGGAAGAUUGGGGAGUAUAAAAAUUACACCCCUAACGGCCUGGGGGAAAUUGUCUUAUACUUCCUAACUGGGGUGAAAAAAGGCGAUGGAAGGGAAGGGGCUGAAUAUCUGGGAAAAGCCGGAAUGCUCACUUAGGGUGAAGGACACUUAUUCAAAAGAAUACUAAUUCAAGGAAUUACACUGUAAGUAAUUUCAAAAUUAAAUUUUGUUUUGUUUCAAGUUUAUCCUGACCUUGAAAGAAUUAAUACAAGUUCUGGAUUUGUUUUACAGUAUUUCAUUGAUGAUACUGAACCACUUUGGGAAAAACACUGCUGUAGGGAAUUCAAAGGAACAAAACCUGAUCGCGGUCAGACCUGGAGAGAGCUGUAUAUGGUAAAUGAGUUUCAGCUUCUUUCUCCAUAAUCAUAACUACAACAAACGUCUCUAGUCUGCUUGAUUAAGAAAUUAACUGCAAAAAGAAAACCGUGGACGAAGACCCUGCUGGUUUUCAUCGUUGGAUCUCUAGAAAAGGGAUCUGUAAUCAGCUAAAACAUUCAGAACCAAAUCACGAGAAGUCAAAAUACUACUGCAAAGCUGAUUAAAACAAUGUGUAUUGCUUUUUCAUAACAAUAUUUCAGCUGGCCAUACCAGCCUUCUUCAGGUUUACAGAUGUUACGAAAAAGCAAUACACAUUGUAGCCUGCGUAGCAGGUGCUUGGAAGUAGUGGGGGAAAGAGAGAACGGGCGCGCGCGAGGGAGACACGCGUGCCUCCUUCUCGCGCGCCCGUUUUUUCUUGUGCCCACUACUUCCAAGCGCCUGCUACGCAGGCUAUACACAUUGUUAUGAUCCGCUUUGCAGUAGUCUUUGGGCUUGUCGUGCCUCGGUUCCAAUCUGAUUGUAAUACACGUCAUGCGUAACCAUUGGACAAUACCGAGCCAAAGGACAGUUGGACUUGAAUAUUUUUCUCCACUUAUAGGAAAUAUCUCAAAGGUUAACCCCUCUGGUAGCGUUCAAUUGUGACGUCAUCAGUUUUAACGGUCAUUGACAACAGAAGGAGAGAUCUUUCAAACGAUGAAUAAGAAUAAUUCAAUCAAGCAGGCCGAAGAAAAAAAUGUUAGUUAACCGGAAAAUUCCAUUGAAAAUCUUUUUCCACUGCCAACCUUCACUUCCUUUCAUCAAAUUCUACGAUCCUACAAAAAUUUUCCCCGAACUGUAUUUUUUUCUCAAAUGAAGCCUAGUUAGUUCUCAGCGAAAGAAACAAAAUUUCAACCAGAGUUUUCGCGAAAACGCUCGCGUAUAAAUUGUUUGAAAUCGAUAGAACUGAGGACAAUUGUAUGAACUGGAAGACCAGGCCAGUUAACAGUUUUAGAAGCGAAUUUAUAGAUUUCCCAAGAAAUGAGGAAAUAUAAAAGUGGCAAUGGCGUUAAUGCGUUGCCAUGGAUACGUUGAUCUCGAAGAAAAUGACUUUUUUGGAAAGUCUAAUCUAUACUAUAUAAAUGGGCACAAUUCUAUUUCCUGUUUCCUUCCUGUUCGAAUAGAGGAAGGAUGAUUACUUAAAACCAAGACGAGACAGCGUAAUUGCUCGUAUGAUUACAACCCAAACUGAAAUCAAGUUGUCAAUUAUUCAAUUACAGAUUUUUUAGCCAUUAACAGCAGGUUAUUUGCUUUAAUGCGAAAUUAUUUUUUUGUUUUUUUAGAAAAAUGAAGAAGAUAGAGAAGCCAGGCUGAAGAGAAUAAAUGAAAAAAUUACCGCUAGUCAGAAAGCUAAAAAACCUGGUAAGUCUUAAAUUAUAUUUCCAAAUGCUUAAAAUGUACUGAAAAUUCUGAUGCAAACACUUCUUUAUAAAAUUUUCUCCAAACAAGAACGAGAAACCUUCGCACAAUUUGUGUGGUAGUCCUGUGGUCAAGGCUUGAGGCCUUAUGAAAUAUACCUGAUUCGAUAAUGGAUGGAAAUGCGCAGUGGAAAGCUAUAAUGUGGAGGUCACUUAAGCAAAUCAUUGCAGUGCAUGAGUUCCGUUUUCUCAAUUGUCAAAGCAACUUUUAUUCAAAUAGGUGUAUAAGCGGUUUACGGUCGUUUCGCCAACGUUCCGUUCGCUAGCUUCUGAAGUCGUUUCGCUUUAUACGUGUCGGGUCAGUUCCCGAACUGCUUUCGCCUGAUCAGUGGCUGAAAGAACGAGGUGUAUACAUGAGUAUCGCUUUUUUUUUGUAUCACGGCUAAGAGAACGAAGUAUAUACAUGCGCAGCGCUCGUUUCACUUCUUGGCGGAACGAAAUAAGACGUUAGCGAACGGGACGUUGGCGAAACGACUCUUAUGCGAAACGACCGCUCACUGUAUGAGCCCAACUGAUUAUAAGAAUACAAGAAUUUAUAUGGCGCCAUUUCCGUGAGCUCAAUGGCGCUUUACAAUAAUCGUAAUUCUAAAAAUAAAAAACAUUUGAUUUAUUAAAGAAAAUAUAUAACAGUUGUAGAAAAUAAUUUCUGAAAAGUAAGAUACAUUCGACUUGCUAAGAUUAACUAAGGAAAAUAGUAUAUACAAUAAAAAGAAAAAAGGGUAGUCAACUAACUAAUAAAGCCUCUCUGAAAAGCAGUGUUUUAAUCUUAUUCUUAAAAACAUCAAGGUUCUGGAUUGGUCUUAUGUCAUCGGUUAGGGAGUUCCUGAGCCUGGGCGCAACAACUUGACAAGAUCUGUCACCGUAAAACUUGAGAUUAGCCUUAGGUGUUACAAGCAGAUUUUUUGAAGAAGAUUGUAAUUGCCUCGUCGGAGUAUAGGGCUGAAGGAGAUCUGCUAUAUAUUUUGGCGCCAUGCAUUCAGUGCUUUUUACGUAAGAAGUAGUAUGCAAAUCUUCCUUCUGUUAUAAGCCGCCAACAAACAGUUCUUUGUAAAAUAUAAGCGUGGGGCUUAUUUCGGAAUGUUUUCAGUAUUGCCUUAUCUUUCUUUGUGUCUUUACUUUUCUUGUCAAGAACGUCAAGUCAAACUUGCUUAUGUCGAAACAGUGGCCAAACCACCUCCCGCGAUUCGCAGAAAGCAGGCUAAAUUUGGGACUGGUAAAGGAGUUCAUCAUAGUGGUCCUGUGGAAACUCCCUCACGAAUUAUGUCACAGGCACACCAUAGGAAUGUGGGUUCAUCGCCAGCAAAGAAACAAGCAGGUACGAUUGAACUACAGGAAAAUCUCGAGAGUAAGAACCUGACCCGAGUUGUAUUUAGUCCCUUAUACUACUACAUGAGAAAUUUUUUUGCAAUUUGAUUGGCUUAGAACAGUGUUAUUUCACCUUAAUUUGAAAUACCUACAUGUGAAAAUUUCAAACCUUCUACGGGUAGUAGUAUAAACAAUUAAUAACAUGAUUUGUACGUGAUAUUUGGCGUAAAUACCACUCGUGAUAUUUCAAAAUUGUCUCAAAUUUCACUCGCCUAACGGCUCGAGAAAUUACGUAUAACAAUUCUGAAAUAUCACGCGUCGUAUUUAUGCCAAAUAUCACUACAAAUCAUGCUAUUACCUAUACUAACAUGACAUUCAAGAAGCCUUAAUAGUUUUGAAACCUCUGAAUGGUCUUGCUCCUGAGUAUCUAAGUUCCAAAUUUGCUAGUUGAUCUGAUACAACUCCUUAUACUUUUCGAGAUUCUGUGAUAAAUUAACUAUUCCACUGCCACGCACAAAUUAUCUAAGUAAUAGUCACAACUAGUGGCACAGUUCCUGUACAAAGCUUCUCCAUCCCUUCUUAUCCACCGCUGCUGCUUUCACAACUGUAGCACAAGUGCUGUGCUAGUCGCCCAAUUCGUGUACUGUUGAACUUUAAUAACAAAAAGUUAAUUUAAAAUAUACGUAUAACAGAUGAAGGGCCCCUUUGUGGAAACGCUGUCAGUAAACCGUUGUGUAUGUACCGUAUUUAUUCGAAUAAGCGCCCAACCUCGAAUUAGCGCCCACCUCGAAUAAGCGCCCAUCCUAAAGGCAGAAAAAGUUAAUAAGCGCCCAGCCUCGAAUAAGCGCCCACCCCCUCCUCCUCCCAAUCAAACUCAAAUAAGCGCUCACCCCCACCCCACCCACUUGAGUGAAUAAAUUCUAAUAAGAGACUUCCCCGAGGACGGAGUUUUCUUCAGAGUAUUUUACAGAAACCUUGCAUUGUUACUUCUUCGCGUUUUGUUAGUACCAUUUAUUGUUUUGUUGUAAAAUAAACAUACUUCACUUGCUGAAAGUGGUGAAAAUUUAAUAAGCGCCCAGCCUCGAAUAAGCGCCCACUCUCAAGGUCCAAAAAUUUAAUAAGCGCCCAGGGCGGUUAAUCGAAUAAAUACGGUAUUUAUUUAUUUCUUGUUUUAUCUGCAGUGCCCGCGCCAAUGAUGAAAAAAACAAUGAAACUGUUUAAGAACCAAAGGUUA